AUGUUAACAAGCAGUGCAGAGUGCAGUUCACCGCGAAUUUUUGCUCCAAGUUCGUUGAUAUUCGAUGAUUCUCAGUUAUGCUUCAACAAAAAUCACUUCGGACGUCCGGAUUUCAACGUUCAGCGUUUUAUGAAUCUUGCUCGGCGUCGUGCUGGCCUGAAACAAAUCCAACAGGACCUUCGAUUAUAUCUGAAGAGUGUACAGCAUUCAAUGAUAGAGUUAAUCAAUGACGACUAUGCUGAUUUCGUCCACCUUUCUUCGAAUCUUGUCAGCUUGCAAAGUGCGAUCGAUAAGAUCGAUAACGACAUCAAUAAUGUUCAAUUUGAAAUUCAGACUAUAUGGACGGAGUUUGAGAAUAGCACGAACGCCGCUGUUCGUACUGCUGAACGUGUGGAGUUCUUUUGCCUGGAACUGUCAGAGAAUCGGAGCUGUCAGAUCAAGGUUCGUCAUCGCAUCGCGUUUCUGUCGGCACUUCAACGACUUGCUAAUCUGUUCAGUAAUAUACCUAAUUCAGUUAGCAUCCUAUGGCUCGAGAAAGUAUCGUCUUGUUUGGUUGAUAUCAGUUCAUAUAAGGAAAAAUUGGUGGAGGAGAGCAGAGAAAGCAAAAUCCUCAGUAAACUGUUAAAUCAAGUGGAGACCGUUUUAUGCAAUGAGGGUGUACGAAGCGCCGGUGAGGACUGUGCUACACUGCCCUACGUGCUUUCUCUUCUGUCAUUGGCCAACUGCACGCACUCGUUGACUGCUCGUCUGGUUUCCGAUCUGAUAUAUCCUAAGCUUGUUCAGCCGGCUAAGGGCCACUACGAAAUGUUAAAAUCUGUUUUCGCUGGUGUCAACAAGAUGCGUUCAAGUUGGAGUAAUGUUCUUGGAGCAAAGUAUGCGGGACAAGUGGAAGCGUUCCUUGAGCAGACUCUUCUUACAUUUUUGCUGACGUUUAUUGAUAAGUCAAUGGGCACAGUGGCAGUACCGACGAAUACCUCACUAUUUCAUCGAUGCUUUAUGGCUACACAGGAAUUUAUUGAAAACUGGCCGGUACAUCCUCAUUCGAGGGCUAUGUUGAAGGCCGUUCGAGACAAAUUUAAUCUAGUUGUCUACUUUAAAUUGGUUACCCACAAGUUGGUUCGCCAAGUAGAUAGCGAAAUGACUCCAGAAAGUUUUCAGUUUGUUUCCGAUGAUCAGUUCCUGAUAGGAGGAGUACUGUGCGGUCUUUCAUCCACAAUCUUGCGAACUGUUGAAACAAUAUGGGCUGAAGACGUAUUUCUGUAUCCAAUCAUCGAUAAAUUAUGGGAUCUCACGUUGAGGCUGCUAAACAAACAUCUCGCCUGGGCUAGAGCACUUUUGGAGUUAGUAGAAUUCAUUAUACUUGUUUUACGAGCUGCGACUAUUGGAGGCUCAUCUGAACUAGGUGGUACUGAAGCAUGGCGCGCUCUUUUAGCAGUCCGUCAUGAUCUUUUCGCUGUGCAUUCCAAGGUAUUUGACAUGGCAUUGGAGGAGCUGUGGCCCAAACUCUCGUUAGAGUUUGAUGCUGUGUCCGAUGUCCCGAAGCAGUAUAGGUGGACCAAGAAACCGUCGCCUUUAACGCACUCCGCUUACAUCUCUGUUGCUCAUAAGAAGCUUGAUGUUUUCAUUCAAGAAUUGUCGAAAACAAGUCAUCCAACUGCUGUACAGCUAUCUCGCUCAGUAUUGUCAUCAUCAUAUUGCCAGCUGGUUGAGAAGGCGGAGAAGUUUUGCAGAGAUCUUCAAGAUUUCUCUAAGGUGCUUGACAGUGUUGAUGCCACUGGGUCAAGUCUUUCACGAUUCAAGAGAAAAGGAUCGGUUUUGGUUGGGACAACCGACGAUGAUAAGAUACGGACUCAGGUAUCAUGA